CAUUUCUAAGAAGGUAAUGGCAGAAUAUUUCUUAUUCUUUUUAAGAAAACUACAAGUAGGCGUUGUUAUCAAAGGCUGAUUUCAACUUUCAGUAGAAGCAAUUAAUUAUUUUCUUCUAUCCCAUUAAAAAUCACCAUUCUCUGAUAGUACCCAAGGGUCUGCUUAGGCAGCGCAGCUCAACAAUAGAUGUUUACAUAAGAUACAGUAAAUAAAAACAUAAAAAAAUAACAGGCUGUUUUGCGAUGACUAUUUGCUAGAAAUUGCUUUGAUCCUGUUUGAAAUUAUAUUUCAAAACAGUAAUACUUUAUUUGAGAAGGUUGCCUUUUUACUUGCAAUGGCAUGUGACCAACUGAUAUUUUAAAAGAGAAAAAUGCAGGGAAAUUGUUUUCUUAGAGUUAACUUGAUCUUUUUAUUUUAUUUUCAGGGACUGCAAAUGAACUGAACAUGGUCAAUUCAAGCAAUACUUCAGAAAGUAACUGCGAUAGAAAUAAAAUCAUUAAACAACAAAUUAUUCCAUUGCUCUACGGUUUCAUCUUUAUAGGUGGAAUAUUGUUAAAUGCAGUGGCAGCUUGGAUCUUUCUUUACAUUCCUAGCAAGACAAGUUUUAUUGUUUAUCUCAAGAACACUGUCGCAGCCGACCUUAUUAUGAGCUUAACUUACCCUUUUAAAAUAUUUUCUGACUCCAAAAUUGGACAUUGGCAGCUCAGCAUCGUUGUCUGCCGCUUUUCUGCUGUCAUCUUUUACCUAAAUAUGUAUAUUAAUAUAACAUUAUUUGGACUCAUAGGCUUUGACAGAUGCUUUAAAGUAAUGAAGCCCCAAUUCAGCACUUCUGCUUUCAGUGUCCGGUGUAGCAAAAUUGUAUGUCUGGUCGUAUGGCUGCUACAGAUUGUUAUCUCUUUUCCCAAUAUUAUUUUAACAAACCAACUUCCUACAAAAAACAAUUCAAUUGACUGUAUGAAGCUCAAAAGCCCUCUUGGACUCCAGUGGCACACAGCUUCAAACUACACAUGCCUAGGAAUUUUCUGGAUUGUGUUUUUUCUCCUAAUAGUCUUCUACAGUUGCAUUGCCAAGAAAAUAUAUAUUUCCCACCAAAAGUUUAAGAAAAACUCCACGCUGGCAAAGAAAAAGACCAACCGAAACAUUUUCACCAUCAUGUUUGUGUUUAUCGUUUGCUUUGUUCCGUAUCACUUGGUCAGAGCCCCAUAUACGUUAAAACAAAUCAAACCUGAUUACGACUGUCAGAUUAAAAAUAUACUGUAUUACCUAAAAGAAUUUACAUUGAUACUGUCAGCUGCAAAUGUUUGUCUUGAUCCAGUUAUUUACGUAUUCCUUUGUCAACCGUUUAAGAAAAAACUGUACCAAAAGUUGCAUCUGAAAGUUAAAACAUCUGAAGAGUUUGAAAAUUCUAAAUCAAGAAAGUCAAAUGCUAUUGUUGAAACUGUUAUUGCUUUAUAAAUUUUAACAGCAACUUUAUGGAAAUGUGGGCAUGUUGUUGUAUUAAGGAAACAGUGUAUGACUGAUAAAAUAAUAUUUGCCCUACUCAAUCAUUGCUGUAAUACCUAUCCAGAAACCCUUCUCCUUACAUGAUGAAUUGAUUACACACUUAAUUAUUCAAGUAGUACUCGAUUUACAACCGUAGUUGGGAUACAUGAUCAAAAUUUGGAUACUUGGCAGCCGGCAUGUAUUGAUGACUGUUGCAGUGUCCUGGAGUCAUAUAAUCUCUAUUUGUGACCUUCCCAGCUGGUUCUGACAAGCCCAAUCAAUGGGAGAAGUUGGAUUUGCUCCACAUGCAACAACCUCGGCAAACAAAAAAUGUCAUAAAAUCCAGCACAAUCAACAUAACAAUUGCCUUACUUAGCAGCAGAAAUUCUAGUCCCAAUUUGGUUGCAAGUUGAGGACUACCGGAACUAUAGAGAAAAAUGUGAUGCUAAAGUAAACACAGUUGACAAGAUUCUAUAUACAAACUCCUGUUUUCCUUUAAAUAAAUCUGGUUAAUAACAAUGUGUGAUCUUCCAACUUUCGUGAUGGCAUAUGGUUGUGAAGGAUUUGACACAGAUCACUCUAUUCAUGGUUGUAUUAUGUCCUUGUAUAAUCUCAUCAAUACUUUCCUGUGAAUUACUUGGGAAAUAACAGUGGCAUAAAGGUAGAACUCAACUUACAACCCACAAUUAGGACUAGAAUUUUCAUUGUUAAGUUGUUAGGUGAGCUACAAUCCUGUCUACAAUCUUUUUUGCUAUGGUUGUUAAAUGAAUCAUUGCAAUUAUAAGUGAACUGCACAAUCUUUAA